AUGAUCCUGUCAAGCGUGUUAUCCCUCUGUCCUGUAAACCAAAGCACAAACUGCUCGCUAGACCUUAAUGGCGGCCACUUCGAUUCAAAGGUGCUCUUCGGCGAGCGUGGUUUCGUCAUUGGUACGCCAAUCAUAUUGUCUACUGGUAUUAUUGGUAACGGUCUCUCUUUGGCCGUGUUCCGGUCAAAAGCGCUCAGAAAGCUGACGGCAAGUUCUUACCUUGCUGCAUUAUCCAUCGCUGAUAUGGCCACUCUUCUUACGUACGUACUGGUGGAAUGGCUGCGACGAGGCUUAAGGGUCAUUCAACCGGAUAUUAACAUGGAUUUCCUUGAACGCAACGGAAUGUGUCAGGUGCAGAUUUACUUAUCGUACAUCUCCCGGAUCAUGUCGGCGUGGAUUAUUGUCAUGUUCACCAUCGAGCGCUUUCUAGCGAUUUGUUAUCCGUUGAAGAGACUAAAACGAGGGGUUGGAAGGGUAAUUUUGUACAUGUUCAUUGUAGCGGCUCUUGCAGUCUUAUACAAACCCAUUAUGACUAGAGAAAAACAACAACGUACCCUAAACAAAACAAUCGUUGUUUGCACGUCAUAUUCGGAACGCCUUUCCGCCAUUCUGGAUACUGUGUAUGCUAUAUCUAUAACGAUAAUUCCUUUACUUAUAAUUACUGCUUUAAACAUUUUAAUAGUGGCUAAACUUUUUAAACGAAAUAGAGAAAGAGGCGACCUAUUUUCUGAAGACGCUAAUUCGAAAAUUCGAUUGGAGUUUACAGUGAUAUUAGUAGUGAUUUCGUGUUGCUACGUCGUGUUUAAUAUACCGUACAACGUCAUGUGGAUUCUUUUUCGGAAUGUUGAGCAUUACACAAAACACCAGAGUGCCAUAUUGUUCUUAGCUAGGACCUUCUUCUACAUGAACAAUAGCGCCAACUUCCUGCUCUACAGCGUGACCGGUAGGUCCUUCCGGUGUGCGCUAAAAAAGUUUAUAUUGUGUCGGUCAGCACGCAAUGAUAGGUAUGGGUCGCACAUCAGGUGCAGACGACUUGGAUCGUCCAUGAGUACACAGCAUACAGCGGCCAGUAAGCAUACGCCCUCUGUGAGGUCAGUAAAUCACUCAUGAAAGUACAACAACCACUCAAGCACAAUCAUUAAUAGCCAAUGACAAAACAACACAAUGCUUCAAUGAGUCGUAUGAACCAUUUAUUAAAAAUCAGGACUUCAAUUGCAUAUGUUCCACGGUUUUGUGUUCCUACACUGUAGAAUAUAGGAAAUUUUGUGUGUUUCUUGUUAAUGUUAAAUAUAUGUUUAAAAAACACAAAACGACACAUUAGCAUAUUUAAAUGUAAAUCCGUAUUUUGAUUGUAGCUAUGUAGUUUGCGAACUACAGAAAAGAAUAAACAUGUUUAUUGUUUUGUACAAGUAUGCUUUUAAA